ACUCAUCUUUUCUAUCGCAAUGGAUAACCCUCCAAAAGACAAGGCAAGCAACACCGAGGACAUGGAGAGCGACAACCACCCUAGUCCCAUGGACUUCGACGUCUACCUUCCGUAUGCUUGCAGCCAGCUGCAGGUGGAAGCCGUUAUCGUUGUGACCAAAGUGGUUCAGCAGGAAUAUGUUAGCAUCAGUGCCAUGUCAGAGAAAUCUAAAUCGAAACAAAAAGGCAAGCAACCAAAGAUGCCGUCUCACCAGGAUCUCGAUUCCGACCAGGAACGAGAUGAGAAGAGCGUCUCCCCUUCAGUGGAAGACGAGGAAAAUGUGAUCAACAUACUAGCGGUAUACGAUGCCAACGACAACCUGGUGCAAUUGAAGUUCGACAAGAACAAGAACAUACCUAGAACAGUGCUCAGAAUCAUCGGUCUCAUCAUACAAUACCAAAUUUACUUGACCACCCUUUGCAUCAACAAGGGUAUGGACCAAUACACCAUUUAUGAGAUUUGCAGGUUCCUCCCGCUCUCGCAUUUGACUGAUAUAUGCCUUGACAGCUGUUUCCUCAAAGAAGCUAACUACCACAUGCUUUUGGAAAAGCAGAACUGCAUCAGGCAACUGUCUUUGGCCAGAUGCAGUAUCUCUGAUGAAGUGGUUCAGACUUUAGCUGAAUUGUUGGUGUAUCCUCUACCAGCUUCAAAGUCACUGUCAAUUCUGAAUCUGUCAUCUAAUAGAUUAACUGAUUUGGGUGCAAAAUACCUAUCAGAGGCUUUGCGGUCAAAUAGGCAGCUGAGCUAUUUAAAUCUGGCCGAUAAUAUGAUAUCAGAUGCUGGGGCAGACGAAGUACUGAACACGCUUGUGAAUUUUCCACUCUCUUUCAACGAAUUGCUAUCAUCGAGGUCUAGGCACAUGGCGUAUUUAAAGGAGAAGAGUGAACUAGUGAUCCGUAUUGCCAGAGAGUUAAGAACGGGGGACUUUGAUAGAAGACUGAUGAAGCGUAAGUCUGUUAAACCUCCACCGUUAGCGAAAAAGCCCAAAGGCGUAGAAAAGGAGCCUUCUUUGAAGUCUGUGGUAGAAUCUAAGAGCACGACAAACAUGGAUGCGGCUUUCUUAGAUAAGGCGACGAUAAUGGCUGAAAACACGUUGGGAGAAUUCAAAGACCCGUUCAACAAAGCCAACACGUUCGUCCAAGAUGGCAUUGUUUAUAGCUACGGUAACAACGCUUUGAGCUACUUGAACUUGUCGUACAACAACUUGAGUUAUACAUCUGUGAAGAAGUUGGCGAAAGUUUUGGCGUACCAGAAAAAGGUGGAUAAGAAACCCAGAGGGUUGGUUAACGUGUCUAUCGAGGGUAACUUUCUGCCGGUGUAUUGUAGAGAGUUGGCGCAUAUUGACCAAAUAUUGGACGUUGGCCUCUCGUCCCACCAGCGAAGGGUGUCGUCCCACAAAAAGCGUCCACAAUCCAAACCAAGCGCCAAGUAA